AUGGCUCCUGCUGCGAUCAUCCGAGGUGUCCCGCGCGCGGUGCUCAUCGUGGCGGUGCUGGUGCUGGCCUCGCGGGGCGCGAGCGCGGCACUCUCGUGCUCUACGGUGUACAACACGCUGAUGCCUUGCCUCGGGUACCUGCAGUCAGGAGGGGUGGUCCCGCGGUUUUGCUGCGGGGGGGUCAAGAAGCUGGUGUCCACGGCGCGCUCCACCCCCGACCGCCGCACCAUCUGCACCUGCCUCAAGAACAUCGGCGCCGGAGCCGCUGGCGGGCCUUACGCCAGCCGCGCCGCGGGGCUGCCGCGCAAGUGCAAAGUCCCGAUGCCCUGGAACUGCAACUCGAUAAAUUGA